AUGGAUCCUGCUGCCUGUCGGGUCAUAUAUAUUGAUGAGCGUUUUAAUACGGAGAGGUGGAUUUCGAGGGAGGGGCUACCUCCCAACACACCGCAAAGAGCAGGCUCACAAGUGGGAUUCUCGGAUCUACCCAUGGAUCUCCAGACAAACGUCAAUGCGUUUCUGACCGUCUUCAAUCAGGUGUACGUUUGCCGGUCAGGCAGAUCCUUUUCCACCAAACUCUCCGAGCUUCACGACCAAGUACGACUCGAUUGCACACCUAUUCUUGCCUGUUUCGAUGUCGGGUCCGAGUCAAAGCAUGAGACGUUGGAAGCCAAAACACAGUUCUUUCCACCAUCGGAAUCACCAUUGCCUUCACCCGGCUUGCUGAGGAGGGAAAUCACCUUCUCUUCCGAGUCAGAUGAAUCAUAUGGCCUCCAACUUUUAUCCAGAAUAGCAUCUGACCUCCAGGUCGAUGAAGGGGUCAAGCUAAUAAUACCAGUCGCCGUCGUUCAACCUAAGCGGAAAGAUUUUCAUGAUCAGGCUCUCGACGACCUCCAUACUAGUGAAAUUUCUCGGGCACCAUACGGUCCUGAAUCGCAAGCGGUCGAGAUAAAGGAUAAUUCAGACAUUAUAGAUGCACAAUUAAUGCUUCAAUGCCUCGAUGCCGGUGCCCUCGAUGUCGUCAAGAGCCCGCUGGACAAAGCCGGAAUUAUGGGGCUCACAGUGCAUGCAUAUCGCAUUUACAAAAAUGCGAAGAAAGAGCAGACAGGCUUCAUGGCUAUGACACGAAAGAACCGCAAGCAAUCAUGGGUGGGGAUGGAAGAGGAGAAGCCUUAUGCCUAUCUUCGUGAAGCCAUGGUGAAAAAAUUGCUCAAAGGAAUUUGUGAGCCGCAGAACCUCAUUGAAGACUAUCAGUAUCGCGAUUUGUAUGUGCAAGAGUCGCGGAAAGAGGUCAUCGCACAGGCUGUCGCCAGCUGGGGCUUCUCUGGGCACGACUUUACGGAAGAUGAAUUGGUCUAUGCUGGCUAUUUUAUGCUCAGCCAUGCUCUGCAAAUGGAGUCCGCAGAGAAGUGGCGGAUGAGUCAAGCCGAUCUCCUCCAUUUCAUGCAAGGAUGUCGAGUCGCCUACAACUCAUUUGUUCUCUAUCACAACUUCAGACAUGCUGUCGAUGUUCUACAGUCGGUGUUCCACUUCCUCGUCCAAAUAGGCACCCUCCCACCAUAUCCUGGCGGCGCCGAGCCAUCUCCUUUCGCAGACCAAAAGUCGCCAAUUGCCCGAUUAUUGGGUCCGUUCGAAGCCGUAACCCUUCUGAUCUCUGCCAUUGGACAUGAUGUCGGCCACCCCGGAGUUAACAACAUGUUUCUGGUCAAACUCAACGCCCCUCUUGCGCAACUAUACAAUGAUCAAUCCGUCUUGGAAGCUUUCCAUUGUGCCGCCUAUUCCCAGAUCCUCCGUCGUCAUUGGCCUAUUGCAUUCCAAGACAAAGCUCUCCGCAAACUCAUGAUCAGUACCAUCCUGGCCACUGAUAUGGGUAUUCACUCGGACUACAUGCAACAACUGGGUAACCUGCAAGAGAAGAUCCACGAAAGCAAAGUCACCGACGGAUGGUCUCCGAAAGACAUUGAUUGGGCCCGGACAUUGGCCUGUGGAUUGUUGAUCAAAUGUGCCGACAUCAGCAACGUGGCACGGCCGUGGGCGGUGGCAGAAAAAUGGACCCAUUUACUACAGAAAGAGUUUGCACAUCAGGGAGAGAUGGAGCAAGCUGUCGGAAUGGAGACAACCCUUUUUGGUGGCCCUCCCGAAUUGGGUAACAUGUUGAAGUUGGCCAAUGGCCAAAUUGGCUUUAUGACCAUCUUUGCACAUCCGCUCUUUGCGAACGUGGCCGACAUCAUCCCUGCGAUGCGUUUCGCCGCUGACGAGAUCCUGACCAACAAGGGCAUUUGGUUUACUAAAGCUGAACACGAGAAGAGAAUGCAGGUCCUCCAAAAAGGCACUGGUCCUGGAGACGGUGGUUCAGUCAGUCCAAGAACACAAAGCCCGGUUGGCCGAAAAAUCGCAUUGGAAAGUGGGAGAGACAAACACAGCCACCUUUCGUCGUCUCCUCUUUGCGGUCGAACAGAAUCUCCGGAGAAACUCCAGAAGAUGUCUAAUUCUGGUCGAAGAAGUGGAAAUACUACACCUCAAAACUCCUCUCGGCGAUCCUCCCUCACCGCCGCCGCCAUCGCUUUGCCAGCUCCUGAAGCCACUCCCCGCCGGGCAUUGGGCUCGUCGAAAUCCAACCAGAAUUUGAGACCUUCGAUGGAUGGAACAAGGUCAGGUUCGGCAGUCGUCAACGGAGAACCCCUCGCCAAAGGCCUGGACUUAAAUGAAUCUCACAGUAAGGAGAACGAUGAUCACAUUGCUAGCAGCACUCCUCAACGAUCCUUAUCGAAAGAGUUGUUAUCGGAAUCGCUCCAAGCACUUAAUGACAAAAGAAGAGAUAAUGCUGUUUCGAUGCAUACCGGAAGUGAGGCUAUCCCAGUGAAGGUGUUAAAGGCUGAGAAUAACAACAUCUCUGAUGCAGAGGCUCUGUCCAAAUUUAAUUUUGCAACAUCAAAAGAGGAGGAGCCUGUUCGAACAUAUGAUCCGCGGCAAGAAUACUCCACCGCGAAUGCCGGCGCAAGAGCCAGCGCACCAGCGAGUGACGGGGAACACAGGGAGCCCCAGAAUGAUGGUGCUAAUGACUCUAGGCAGACUCGAUCGGCGCAGAGUGAAACCAGCACAAGCACCAAAUUACGGGGUGGUGGUGAGGAAAACGCUCUCACUCCGAGUCAGAGCACAGAGGCGACCAGCUAUACAUCUGACAAGAGCGAAGAUCUAGCCCGAAAUCAAAACAGCUUCCAGGCGAUGCGCAAUCGUGCCGCCAGUGCUCCAUUGCAGGCUAGAAGCCCCGCCUUGAGACCUAGCUUCAGCAUGGGAAGCCACAGCGCCACCAGUCGCGAAAGCAGCAAACUUGAUAUCCACACGACGAUUCUCAGCAAUGGCGAUGUCGACUCGAAUAGUACUAGAGACCGAAAAGCCAACGCUAGGACAAUGGGCCGGAAGCGAAGCAAACUAAAAUUAAAUAAUCUGGCCUUUUGGAAGAGGACCCGAAGUGAAAGAAGCAUUAGGGAUGAAGAGCGGCCCGACAGCCAAGGUAGUGAAGGAGUAUGA